GGCUGAGUGUGGCUGUGGCCCUGUGGCUGAGCUGAGUUGCGUUUGCAUGCGUUGAUUGCGUUCUUCGUUUGUAAAUUGCUUGUGAAUUGUAAAAUUGUCAAGUAGCCUAAAUGCUGCUUGGAUUUUUGUAUUUGUUGUUUGUAACUCAAUAACUUUUGCUUAUUCUUAAAUUAAAAACUUUUUGUGAUGGGCUCUGGCAAAAAACAUAAGAAGGAAUCGAAAAAGAAGAAACACCGUGAUCGAUCUUCUUCAGUAGAGAGGGAAAAACAUCGUCAUCACAAACGACACCACAAGAAAAAAGACAAGCAUUUAAAAGAACGAGAUGAAUCAGCAGAAGAUAGUGAUGAGUUUGUCUGAAGUGCACCGCCAGUCAGCCAGAGGGGACAAAGAGAUGACGUCAUCAUUGUGCCGCCUCCGCCGAAGAUAUCGCGGCAGAUGUCGCCGCCCCCGCCGCCCACCAUCUCGGCGGACGACACGCCGCCAGCGCCACCGCCACCCAUGGUCUCCUCGGCUGCCGCCUCCGCCGCCUCCUCGGCCGAGCAGAGUCUGUCGAUCGCUGAGACCAACAAGCUGCGUGCCAAGCUCGGCCUUAAGCCACUAGCCGUUGGCCCCGCCCAGCCUGUAGCCCCAGCCAAUCGGAAGCCCGCCUCUCAGCUCAUGUCUGGCACCGAUAUGGGCGAGUUUGUGCACAGGCCAGCAGAUAAUAUUGCUGCCAAAUUGAAAGCUGAAAAACUAAAAGCAAAGCUAACCGAGAAAAAGGAGAGGAGGGCCAUCGAGAAUAAAUUAUCCAAAGUUAAAAAGCUCGCUGAUGAUAGUGACGAUGAUGAUACAUCGGCCUGGAUUCUGAAAUCCAGAAAAAUUGAGGAGGAGAGAAAGAAAGCUGAAAAGAAGGCAAAGGAACUCGAUGAUAUGGAUGCGGUGUUUGGAAUUGGAGAGUUGGUUGAAGAUGAAAUAAGGAAUGAGAAGAAGAUUGCCUACACCAAUAAGGACUUAAGAGGACUGAAAGUUGAGCACGAUAUUGAGAGAUUCACAGAAGGCAGAGAAGUAGUUCUGACUUUGAAAGACAGAGGCGUGCUGGACGAAGAUGGUGAUACUCUGGUGAACGUGAAUAUGCUGGAUGACGAGCACUAUCGCAAGAACAUCGAGAACCGCAAGAAGAACCCUUUCGACUACAAUGCGCUGGACGACGCUGAGGAGGACAUGGAUGUGGAGGGCAGCAGAGUGCUCACCAAGUAUGACGAGGAAAUCGACGGCGCUAAAAAGCAGAGCUUCACUUUGGGAGUGGAUGAAGUGAGAAGAAAGAAAUUCAUAAAACAAAAGCUGGAAAUGGGCAAGAAACUGGUGUCACUGGACAUGCCUGCUCCACAACUUGCCUCCGAAUACUACACUGAUGAAGAAUUAAUCAAGUUCAAGAAACCAAAGAAAAAGGUGAGAAAACUGAGAGAAAAGAAGAAAAUUCUGAAAGCAGACGACCUUCUGCCAGUGGAGGAGGAAGGAAGGCCCCCUGUCAAGUCUGACCCUGACGAAUGGGAUGUCCUGCCGAGAUCUCCAAUCAAGGUCGAGCCCGAUGACAUGGACAUUGAUGAUCCCUAUCCUGAAGAAGACCUUUCAAGUGUCAAGAUAGAAGCUGAUGAUUCUGAACUGGAAAUCGCUUUGAGGAAAGCGCGGAAGCUGAAGCAAAAGGAAGCUUUGGAUAUGAAAUCUAGCGUUGAAAAAAUCGUGGAAAGGGUGAAGACUGAGAGCGGCGAUGAUUCAGGCAUUGGUGGGGCAAUAGUGCUCAACUCUACUGCUGAAUUCUGUCGAACUCUAGGAGACAUACCUACCUAUGGCCUUGCUGGCAACCGUGAUGAGGAGGCUGAAGAAAUAUUGGAUUUUGAUAAAGAGCUGUUGGACUCCAAAUCAAAGUUUGAUGAACAGAAAAACUCUGAUCGCGGUGGCUGGAACGAUGUCGAAAUGGACGAUGGCACGCCAAAAACAACGCCAUAUGAAGCGCCUAUUCUGGACGCCGAGCCAGACCUAGGUAAGGGGGUGGCGGGGGCGCUACGGCUGGCCGUUAGCAAGGGCUACCUCGAAAAGGAGACGACCAACCGCCCUUCGGCCUCCAGAUUCGCCCACCUCCAGGCGCAGAACUACUCCAUUGAGGACAAGACGCAUGUGGAGGAUGACAAGUUUGGUCGUCGAGAAAGGUACUGUGGUCCGACCAGUGAUUUCAAAGAGAAGGACAAUUACAAGCCAAACGUCAAGCUGGAUUACAUUGACGACGAUGGCCAUCUUCUUUGUGCAAAGGAAGCCUUCAGGUACUUAUCUCACAAAUUCCAUGGAAAAGGGCCUGGAAAGAAUAAGGUUGAGAAGCGGAUGAAGAAGAAUGAACAAGAAGUCUUGAUGAAGCAAAUGAGCUCAACUGAUACGCCAUUAGGAACGUUGAAUAUGCUGCAACAAAAGCAAAAGGAAACCCAGUCUGCUUUUGUCGUACUCAGCGGCAGCAAACAUAAUCAAACACCUGCUACGAUUUCAAAAACAAAGAUUUGAAUAUCUCAACCAAUCUCAGGUGGUGAUCACUGAAUCUAGAAGCAAUAACGGUGAAGGCAGAAUGAUAUCCUCUCCAUUCAUUCUAUGUGAUGAGGAGAUACACAGGUUGUCAAACACCAAGGAAAACUAAAAUACUCAUUUUAAAUAUUUAUAAUGUAAGCAUCCCAGUUAUAAUAUUUUAAUUAUCAAUGUUUAGUUCAUAUAGAUAAAAAUAAAUAACUGUACAUAACCGAAA